UAGAAGAAGAAGAAGGGUAGAAAUUUCUCGCGAGAUUUCCGCUUUCUAGAGUGUCCUUGCUGCAUUCAAAAUGGGGUACUGGGACCUACCAGAGGGCACGGACUGCGUCCAAAAAACAUGGAUCACUACCAAACUGAGCACAGCUUUGGGUCUGGUUGGUUCGGCCUAUCACAUUGUGGCAUUCCAGCCUGAUUCUGCAUUGGCAGCACUACAGAGGACUACCAAUACAACUGUUACCAUGGCCACCAUGGGAGCCAUCUUUGGCAUGGUGACGUGUCUCAGUGCUCAGGCUCGUGAAGCUCCAGAUGACCCACUGAAUUACUUCAUCGGGGGCUGUGCCUCUGGGAUCUUCCUGGGAGCCAGAACCCAUAGUGCUAUGACUGGUACGUCAGCGUGUCUGGGUCUGGGAACGCUGGCCUUCUUCACAAAAGUCGGCAAGAUGGAAGGAUGGAGGCUGGCUGGACCACCCAAACUAUAAGGAGGAAGAUAACUAUGAUUAAAUAUAUGUUGUAAAAAGAGUUCAUGUAAUAAAGUUCUUGUGAAAAUGACAAAAA